UCCGCUAUAUGAAUUGAUAUUCGGCCAUCGUUCAUACACGUUUUGACCCACAUGACGGGUCUAGUAUCAGGGUUCGCGGCUGCCCCCUUACUUAUCGUGGGAGUCAGGAACAUACCUGCAAGGUUAUAUGCAGGAUGCUGUUUGACGAGGAACUCGGCGCGCAAUAUACCAUGGCUUGGUAGGCACACGCCUCAAUCCGUCGGCAUCUUGUCUUCGUCAACAAGGGUAUUGAGCCGUCAUGUAUCUGGGACUCCAUCAAGUACUCCAACUGCACCAACAACAUGGGUCGACCGUCUUCCACCAAAAAUUCGACCUUACAUCUACUUGAUAAGAAUGGAUAAGCCAAUUGGGACCUUAUUGGUGUUUUAUCCUUGCGCAUGGUCCAUAACCAUGGUCUCGUAUGCCUUAGAGGCACCAUUAACGACGCCUCUGACAUAUCUAGGCAUAUUUGGACUUGGAGCAGUGGUCAUGCGUGGUGCGGGUUGCACCAUCAACGACAUGUGGGAUAAAAACUUAGACAAAGCCGUAGACAGAACACAAAGUAGACCACUUGCAAGAGGUGAUGUCAACCAGAGACAGGCGCUGGUGUUCUUAGCUGGACAAUUGACAGUGGGAUUGGGAGUUUUGUUGCAGCUGAAUUGGUACAGCAUUCUGCUUGGAGCUUCAUCUAUGUCUUUGGUGACUUUAUACCCGCUCAUGAAAAGAAUUACCAACUGGCCACAACUCGUACUAGGACUUACUUUCAAUUGGGGAGCUAUGCUUGGCUGGUCUGCCGUUGCCGGGGCAGUCAACUGGAGUGUCUGUCUCCCUCUAUACGCAGGCGGAGUAUGUUGGACUCUCGUGUACGACACCAUAUAUGCGCAUCAAGACAAAAUCGACGAUGUAAAUGUCGGUAUCCACUCCACUGCCCUACUUUUUGGAGAGCAGACCCGCCCAAUCCUCAGCGCGCUCUCGGCAUCAACCAUUUCUUUGAUCGGUCUCGCAGGCGUCCUCAACGCUCAUGGGGCGCCAUACUAUCUUGGCCUCGGUCUCGGGGCUGCGCAGCUCGCACGCGUUCUUUGGAAAACAGACUUUGAGAGUCGUCCGAGUUGCUGGCGGGGAUUCGUAGGAUGUGGUUGGUCUGGAUUUUGGAUAUGGAUGGGAGCUCUAGCAGAUUACGCAGUCCUGAUUUCAGGACUCGCAUGAAUGAUGGGACUCAUCUGGUCGUAUUGCAAAAAUUCGAGCGAAGCACUAUAGUGACCGUCGAUUUAGUCAUCCUGAUUGCAUAUUCUUUUUCUGGAAAUUUUCGAAGAUGGACGACCCAAAUAUCUUGACUUGAGUACUCGUCCGGGCUAUGGCUUCCACU